AGUGUAAAUUUUUUGCUUUCAACUUACAGACAAGUACACCUCAAGAAAAACUCAAGUUGUUCGUUCAGCUUGUUAAAAAACGCACGUCUGAAGAUUUGAUAGAGGAGCUUAAGACAAAGGCUCCCUUAAAUCCCGAGGACACAAUCUUGAAAAUUAAAGAGAAGCUACAGGAGGACAAUUCUGGUGAUGAAAUAGCCUCCACAACCCUUCAUUGCUCUUUACUAUGUCCUCUAGGUAAAGCUAGAAUGAAGCUACCAUGCCGAGCUUCCACAUGUAGCCACUUUCAGUGCUUUGAUGCUGUUAUAUAUCUUCAAAUGAAUGAAUGCAAACCUAAGUGGUUGUGUCCUGUUUGUUCACGACCAGCAGAGUAUGACCACCUGCAGAUUGAUGGGUAUUUCACAUCAGUCUUAGAAAAAAAUGUUGACACUGACAAAAUAAUACUGCUUGCUGAUGGCAGCUGGAAACCGCUUGACCCUGCUGACAAGAGGGAAUACCAGCUCGUUAAUAGCAUUUGUGAUAAUUCCACAGCUGAGGAUUCAGAGCCUGCACACUAUGACAAAACAGUCAUUAUAGAUAGUGACGAGGAUAUUAGCAGUCAUGAGUGUAUGGAAGCAAAUACACUGGAGGAUAAUCAUGAAAGUAUGGUUCAUGGCAGGGGUACUGCCACAACACCUGAAUGCUCAUCAGUGGAAACAAUCACCCUGAGUGAUGAUGAAUCACUCUCCUCAAGUUCCCAAGCUACUUAUCAGAGUGAUGGGGUCAGCAGUAAAGCCCAGACACCCCUAGUGGGAACUGUAAGAUCCACUUCUGGAAUAUUCCAGUCACCUAACUUCCAUGAAACUCCUGAAUCAUUUUCCUCUACAUCUCAGGCAUUGAACUCUUCCACUCCCAAUAUUUUCUCUUUUUCCAUUGCUCAGCUGUUUACCUCUUCAACUCCACAGCGUUCUGGAUGCAGAAAGAUGAGGCCAUUAUUGGCCUCUGUACCUAAAAGGAAAUCUAAAAGGAUUAGACAGGACAUGACGAAUGCUAACAGAAAUAACUCCCUCAGCAACUUGAGCAUUAGCAGUGGAAAUAUUAGCAGACACAGCUGUACAGUUAGUGGUGAAAACAGUGUGAGCAGCACUUUAGAUAACAGUGAAAGUAGUGGCCUAAAUGUCAUUACAAAUAGCAGUGAAAACAGGACCAUAAAUAGCAGUAGUGAAGAGGGUUUUGUUUUCACAAUAAACAGUUCCACCACUUCCUUAGUAGAAGACAUUUCUGGAGCAUCAUUUAUUCCCCUUACAGUGCCUG